AAUUUUGAGGUUAAGGUUAUAUAAGGUUUGAAAAUAAAACUAUUUUAUUAAGAUCAAGUUUUAAUACCGUUGAAGUAGAAAAAAAAUGUCACAGUAUCGGUCAAGAGUGUUGGAAACCUUCAAAAAACUCCACAAAACUCGCAAAAGGGUAUUUAAAGGCGACGAAAGAGCCCUUCAAGAAGCUCGAAAACAGAUUAACGGAGAAUAUAGGAAAUUCCAGAAUACAACAAAUCUAAGAGGAAUAGAAGAAUUAAUAGAAUAUGCAGAGCAAGUAGAGAAGGAGUUGAGGACCUGCGUUAUACAGGCUAAGGAGAUAGCACCUGGGAAAUUCCAAGCUGAAAUCACUAGUGAUACCUUAAAAAUUGACAAUGUACCAUAUAAAGAGCAAUGUUGUGGUGGUAGUUGUGGCAAAAAUUGUAUCGAUUUGAAGAAAGAAUGUGAACCGAUCUGAUCAUAAUCAAUUUUUGAGCAACUCUUUUGAUUGAACAUUACCUAUGUCCUGUUAGCCUAUGAUUUUAUUAUAUACAUGUUACCAAAAUAGACCAAGGAACCUUUUGAUAACUUGAAUUCACAACACAUGAGGAUGUAGGCUGUGACAAUUCCAAUAUAUGUAUAAACAAUGCUCAUGAUCGCACUGCCAAAAAACUAGAUUAAAGUCUGCUGCUUUUCAAAUCUAUAAAAAUUUCAUAUCAACGUUUGGCUUCUAUUGAUCUUUAUUGUAUAAUAUGAAUACUGUAAGUCUAUGAAUAAAGUGAUUGAACUGGAAA